AUGAAUAUUGAUUCGCCGAUCCCCGAUUUCCUGGCCAACUCGAGAGACGAUGCUCCCGCCGAGCUGCAACACUUGUUCCUCGAAUUUGAGGAUCUGUGGGAGAGGAAGCUCUGGCAUCAGCUGACGGAUAGACUGGUGGAGUUUUUCAAUCACAAAGAGAGCGCCCCUCAACGAUUAGCCUUCUACAAGACCUUCAUCCUCACUUUCGCCGACAAGAUCAACCAGCUCAAGCUCAUUACUCUGGCCCUCAGCGCAGCUUCGCAAUGCAAAGAUAGCGAGGAGCGCCUCUCCUUCCUGACUGCGGCCGCGAAUAAAGUAAACAACCCUAAUUCCCAAGAUGCGUACGUCUAUGCCACCGUGGCAUUGGCUACAGCAAAGCUGGAGCUGAAGGACUUGGAAGGAGCAAGAAAGGAUUUGGAUAAGUCGGAGAAGCUUCUGGACAACUUCGAUUCUGUUGAGACGAUCGUCCAUGCCGCUUUCUACCGUGCCAAUGCGGAAUAUUACCAGUCCAACCUCGAAUUUGCAUCCUACUACCGGAAUGCACUCCUCUACCUUGCCUGUAUCGAAAUCACCGAUUUGUCACCAGCAGAGCGCAGAAGCCGGGCUUAUGAUCUUUCCAUUGCGGCCCUAGUGUCCGACUCAAUUUACAACUUUGGAGAGCUGCUGUUGCACCCAAUUCUCGAGGACCUUAAGAAGGACGACAAGUGGCUCUAUGACCUCCUGUUUGCAUUUAACCGUGGAGACUUGGCUGCUUACGACAUUCUCGCCGGCCACAUUUCCUCAAACACUCUGCUCGUACAGCACCGCGAUAGUCUCAGACAGAAGAUCUACCUCGCAGCCCUCACCGAAGCCGUUUUCCGCAGACCUCCACACGACCGCGAAAUGUCCUUCGCCACCAUCGCCGACGAGACCAAGGUUCGCCCCAAUGAGAUUGAACACCUGAUCAUGAAGGCCUUGAGCUUGGGUCUUUUGAGGGGAAGCAUCGAUCAGGUAGAUGAGAUUGCGCGGAUCAACUGGGUACAGCCCAAAGUGUUGGACAUGAAGCAGAUUGACGCUAUGCGCUUAAGACUGCAAGAAUGGGAUUCGAGUGUCAAUCAAUUGGGCAACUGGAUUGAGGCAAAGGGGCAGGAUGUAUGGGCUGCCUAA